AACCUGACAGAGUGUUUGUUCCCUCAUCAAACUCUCCCAUAGUAAAGUUGAAAUUUCAGAGUUUUUAGACACCAGGCUGCAAAACACAAAAUGGUUGGGAACUCAAAGAGAGUAGAGCAUUAUGGAGGAACUGAGACAACCACAAACAUUACUAUAUUUUCAUCAGAAGCUGAGUACCUGGAUGCAAUGUCACAGCCACCCCCACCACCCCCGGAAGUUCAUAAAGUUUGUUUGCCACCUUCCAGAACCACUUUCCAGAAACUUGUCCAACGACUCUCGGAGAUUUUCUUCCCUGAUGCACCACUUGACAGGUUCAAAAACCAGACCUGGUUCAGAAAACUUGUACUAGGCCUUCAGUUUUUCUUCCCUAUUUUCGUGUGGGCGCCUAAUUAUAAUCUUAAGCUUCUUCAGUCCGACGUCGUUUCUGGUCUUACUAUUGCCAGCCUUGCUAUCCCUCAGGGUAUUAGCUAUGCAAAACUUGCAAAUCUGCCACCUAUAGUUGGUCUUUAUUCAAGUUUUGUGCCACCUUUGAUAUACUCCGUUCUUGGGAGUUCUAGACAUUUAGCCGUUGGUCCAGUUUCGAUAGCAUCUUUAGUGAUGGGAACCAUGCUCAGUGAGGAGGUUUCUUAUACUGAUCAGCCAAUUCUUUAUCUUCAACUGGCAUUUACUGCAACUUUCUUUGCCGGAGUGUUUCAGGCUGCUCUUGGUCUGCUAAGGUUGGGAUUUGUAAUUGAUUUUUUAUCAAAGGCAACUCUUGUUGGAUUCAUGGCUGGUGCAGCAAUCAUAGUAUCACUGCAACAACUUAAAGGGCUUCUCGGAAUAGUUCAUUUCACAACUAAGAUGCAAAUAGUUCCUGUAUUGACCUCUGUUUUUGAGCGAACAGACGAGUGGUCCUGGCAAACCAUUGCUAUGGGGGCUAGUUUCCUGCUCAUUCUACUAACAGCAAGAAAAGUGAGCAUGAGAAAUAAGAAGCUUUUUUGGGUUUCAGCAGCUGCCCCAUUAACAUCUGUUAUUCUUUCAACCCUAAUAGUCUUCCUCCUCAAAUCAAAGCUCCCCAUGGUCAAAACUAUUGGACACUUGCCCAAGGGCUUGAAUCCGCCAUCAUCAAACAUGCUAUAUUUUCAUGGCUCCUAUCUGGGGCUUGCUAUGAAAACCGGGAUUGUAACAGGAAUUUUAUCUCUCACAGAAGGAAUUGCUGUUGGGAGAACAUUUGCUUCAUUAAGAAACUACCAGGUUGAUGGUAACCAAGAAAUGAUGGCUAUUGGUUUCAUGAACAUGGCUGGCUCCUGCUCUUCAUGUUAUGUUACCACAGGAUCCUUUUCUCGAUCUGCUGUAAAUUACAAUGCUGGAGCACAAACAGUGGUUUCAAACGUAAUAAUGUCAACAACUGUGCUGAUAACUUUGUUGUUUCUGAUGCCGCUGUUUCAUUAUACUCCUAAUGUCAUCUUGGGGGCAAUUAUCAUAACUGCUGUGAUCGGGCUGAUAGACUACGAGGCAGCAUUAAAAUUGUGGAAAGUAGACAAACUUGAUUUCAUCACUUGCUUAUGUUCCUUCUUCGGUGUAUUGUUCAUCUCAGUGCCUCUUGGUCUUGCUAUCGCAGUUGGAGUUUCGGUUUUCAAAAUCCUUCUGCAUGUCACUAGGCCAAACACUGCUGCGCUGGGAAACAUUCCAGGCACGCACAUCUAUCAAAGCCUCCGUAGAUACAGAGAAGCCCUGAGAGUUCCGUCUUUUCUCAUAGUUGCGGUUGAGGCUCCUAUCUACUUUGCAAAUUCUACUUAUCUACAGGAAAGGAUGCUAAGAUGGAUCAGAGAAGAGCAAGAGUGGAUAAGCGCGAACAAUGAAAGCACGUUGAAGUGUGUUAUUCUGGAUAUGACAGCUGUAACAGCUAUAGAUACAAGCGGCGUUGACACAAUUUGUGAAGUCGGAAAGAUGCUACAGAAACAAUCACUACAGUUUGUAUUGGCAAAUCCAGCCGGAAAUGUGAUGGAAAAGCUGCACAACUCUAAUGUUUUAGAUUCGUUCGGGGUGAAUGGAAUGUAUUUGUCUGUCAGUGAAGCUGUGGAUGACAUUUCAUCGACAUGGAAGUCUCAACCCUGAACCUAAAUAUCUGAAUUGCAAGGUGAAUUUAAGUAGCGAGUAAUUAUGUAUGUAAUUUGAGGGAUGUGAUAUUUUGAAGUGCGAGGCCCGACAAAUCUGAUGGCCAUCAUGUUCCUGUUUUAUUUCCUGUAGCCAUUUAUAAUUUGUAAGUGGUCUUCAUCAUAAAUGACGAGUUUUUCGCA